AUGGCGUUUGCUGGGACAAAUGUCAGUUUGUCCCAGCCGGAUAUAACGCAAAAACUGACGGAGCGCAUAGAUGAUCUGAAGCAGAGAAUCGCUGCUUGGGGAAAGCGGAUUCGGCGAUAUACCGAGAGGUCGACACGGUUCAACCAGAAUCGUCUCUUCCAGAGUGAUCAGAAGAGGCUCUAUGAAUCAUUGGAGCGACCAAUGGUAAGUGGAACGGGUCCAGCACCGAAUCAGGCCGACACUGUAGCAUUCUGGCGCGGCCUGUGGUCAGAGCCCGUAAACCACAGCGAGGGCCCUUGGACGGAAGUUGUGGCGAGUCAGUGUGCGGGUAUUACGCCCAUGGACCCCGUCAUCAUAACGCCGGAUGACGUAGCUGAGGCGGUUCGUAGGGCCCCGAACUGGAAAAGUCCGGGGCUUGACGGGCUGCAUCACUACUGGCUGAAGGGGUUCAUGGUGUGUCACUCUGUGCUCGCCCGACAGUUUCAAGAGGCUCUCAACCAGAAGUCGCUCCCAAGCCUCUUCACUACUGGGAUCACUCAUUUAGUUCCUAAAGACCAGGACUGUCAAAAGUACACUGCUGAAUAUACCCUCCACUGUCACGUUUGGCAAGUUAUAACCCUCACUGAAUUAAAAGAAUGUAUGUGCAAUGCAGAAGAAGUAGCAGAAGCAGAUAUAUAG